GCGGCCUUGGCAUGAGCUUGACAACCGGAGUUGCUUCUUGGCAAAUUUAGAAUCUUCAGAGAUAAGGGAAUUCCAUGACUUGCUCACGCAUCGGAGUUGAGUCAGUUGUUUCAUGGAAAAUCUACAGAGGAUUUCUGCAACCAGAUCCAACGGAAUAUGCAGUGAUGGUUCAGGUUGUUUCCGUCGUGUUAGUGUUCGAUGAGGUUGUUUCCUCCGUCCAAUCCAUGAUGUUAGGCUUGGAUGAGGUUGUUUCCGCCGUCGAAGCGGUGACAUUAGGGUUAGAUGAGGUUGUUUCCGCCGUCGAAGCGGUGAUGUUAGGGUUAGAUGAGGUUGUUUCCGCCGUCGAAGCGGUGAUGUUAGGGUUGGAUGAGGUUGUUUCCACCGUCGAAGCAGUGAUGUUAGGGUUGGAUGAGGUUGUUUCCGCCGUCGAAGCAGUGAUGUUAGGGUUAGAUGAGGUUGUUUCCGCCGUCGAAGCAGUGAUGUUAGGGUUGGUUUAGGCCGUAGCAUGUUUUUUGCCAUUUGCUAUCACCCCUCUUAUCAAAAU